AUGGCAGAGGAGAAAUCCAUGUUCCACGCCCUGUCUCGCGUGGGAUCGACCGAGAACUCACAUCCAGCAGUUUCAGUCUCAUCAACGCCGUCGAUAAGAUCAUUAGGUAAUGCUAGCAGCAGUACACUAUACCAUGAUCAUGCAGACCCGGAGAAGAAUGCCGAUAUCACUCAGCACGGACUCCCCGACAGCGUUGCGAAAGAUGUCAAUUUGGUGGAUUGGAAUGGUCCAGACGAUCCCGAAAAGCCUCUCAACUGGUCGAAGCGGAAGAAAUGGACGAACGUAUUGAUUAUCGGGUUCCUCACUCUUCUUACGCCGUUCGGCUCUUCAAUGUUUGCGCCAGGAGUACCCGAUAUGAUGGAAGAUUUCCACUCGACAAACGUGACUUUGGCAUCCUUUGUCGUCAGCGUCUACGUGCUUGGGUAUGCAUGCGGACCUCUCGUGAUCGCACCAAUGAGCGAGCUGUACGGUCGGGUACCUGUCUACAAUAUCUGUACUUUCUGGUUCCUAGUAUGGACAGUGUUGUGCGGAAUCUCAGUCAACAUGCCAAUGAUCAUUGUGAUGCGCUUUCUGGCAGGCUUAUUUGGCUCAUGCCCCAUCACGAUCGGUUCGGGAACUAUAGCGGAUUGCUUUAGACAAGAAGAACGUGGAAAGGUAAUAUCAGCUUGGACUUUGCCCAUACUGUUUGGGCCAGCCUUGGGUCCAAUUGUGGGCGGCUACCUCAGCGAGUACGUCGGCUGGCGGUGGAAUUUUCAUCUUCUAGCCAUCUGGACCGCCGUCAUGUUCGUCCUCUGCCUUUUCCUACUACCAGAGACAUACCCGCCCGUCUUACUGAAGCGAAAGGCGCAGAAACUUCGCAAAGAGACUGGCAACCAGGAGCUACGGGCGCCAUCAGAAUUGACAGGCAAGACACCUAGCCAAUUGCUUCUGCUCAACAUCAUACGGCCAACAAAGAUGCUAGUGAGGUCACCGAUAGUGUUCCUUCUCUCACUGUUCAUUGCCGUCAUCUACGGUUAUCUAUACAUAAUGUUCAGUACCCUGACUGUCGUGUUUGAAGGCCAAUACAACAUUGGUGGAGGCAACGUUGGACUGACUUUCCUUGGCCUGGGUCUUGGACAGAUUGUCGGUCUGCUGCUAUUCGCCUCAACAUCUGACAGAUACUUGAAGAAACAGGCAGCCGCGAACGGAGGAGUAAUGACCCCAGAGAUGAGGUUGCCGUUCCUCGUCUACACCAGCGGCUUCGCGCCCAUCGGGUUGUUCUUGUACGGCUGGAGUGCAGAGUACAAAGUACACUGGAUAGUUCCAAUCCUCGGUACAAUGCUCAUCUCGAUAGGUAUGAUAACCGCUUUCCUCCCGGUCGGCAGCUAUCUCGUUGACGCGUUCACCGCAUAUGCAGCAAGUGCGAUGGCAGCAAACACUGUGCUUCGAAGUCUUGGAGGCGCAUUACUGCCACUGGCGGGAAGAGAGAUGUACAACAAAUUGGGAUAUGGCUGGGGCAAUAGUGUGUUGGCAUUUAUUGCGCUAGCAUUCAUACCAUUGGUCUGGUUGUUGCAGAAACAUGCUGGAAUGCUGAGAACGCAUCCUAGGUUCCAGCUUCAGUUGUGA